UUUAUAUUCUUUUAAAAUUAGUAGCUUUUUCAGCAAAAGAUUUUUGUUCUUCAAGAUUCGUUUCAGAAAGAGAAAAAAAGAAAGAAAAUGGUCACAUUGUCGUCCUUGUGUAAACAUUCAGAGGACUGAACCCUAAACUUGCCGACUCACAGAGUAAAAACAACCCUAGUUUUCCAUGGGCACAGUUCUCAAGCUUUGUUUUUUGUGUCUACAAUUAAUCUCUGUGCAUUGCCAUGGAAGGAUACUCAAGGAUGAUAACUCUUCAUCUGAUCUGUUCAAAAACAGAUUUCAAAGGAUUUUUCUGAGUAUACUUUUUGGUAUGUUUACAGGUUUGAUUUGUGCACUUGUUUUUGCUUGGCUUGUUCGGAGUUUUGUUCGUUACAUUAACAAAGCCCCAAUUCUUAAAGGCCCUGUUGUAUUUUCUCCUAAAAUUCCACCUAAAACUCUGCAAUCAGCUCUUGAUAAUGAUACCCAGUUGAUUGGGUCAAGUAAUUCUGGAAAAUAUUUCAGAACUGUUCUUGAUAAUGGGCUUACUGUUGCUGUUAAGAGAAUGGAACCUGGUUCUCCACAGUUACACACUAAGUCAUUUAAGAGAAGAAUACAACAUGAACUUGAACUUAUUGCUGGUUUAAGGCAUAGGAAUUUGAUGAGUUUAAGGGCGUAUGUUCGUGAAUCGAAUACGUUCUUUUUGGUUUAUGAUUAUGUAAACAGUGGAAGUCUUGAAGAUGUGAUGAAUAAAGUUAGGGAAAAUCAAUUGCAACUUACUUGGGAAGUUAGGUUACGAAUUGCAGUUGGGAUUGUUAAGGCUCUUCAGUAUCUUCAUUUCUCUUGUAAUCCUACAGUUUUGCAUCGGAAUUUGAAGCCCACAAAUGUAAUGUUGGAUGCUGAGUUUGAGCCCAGGUUGGCUGAUUGCGGUUUGGCUAAAAUCAUUCCCACUUUAAAUCUCCCUGCUGCAUCAAACUAUGGUCCUCCAGAAUCUUUCCAGAGUUGCAGCAGGUAUACUGAUAAGAGUGACGUAUUUAGCUUUGGGGUUAUAUUGGGUGUUCUAUUAACUGGAAAGUACCCAACAGAUCCCUUCUUUGGGGAUACAUCUACAGGAGGAAGUUUAGCAUGUUGGCUUCAACGUUUGCAGGAAGCAGGCGAUGCUCGAGAAGCAUUGGAUAAGAGUAUUCUAGGGGAAGAGGUUGAGGAAGAUGAGAUGUUAAUGGCAGUAAAAAUAGCAGUUGUAUGCUUAUCAGACAUGCCUGCUGAUCGACCUUCCAGUGAUGAGCUCGUUUCCAUGCUCACCCAAUUAAAUAGCUUCUAAAGCAGUCAAGGAUUCAAAUAAUCUUUAAGGUUGUUCUUUUGGCUUUCUAAGGUGAUAGUUUGUUGUACGUUGAAGCAUAUCCUUUUGGUAGGUGAACAACGCCUUUUGGUUAUCGCAAUGUAGUUAGCUCAUUCAGGAGAUAUGACUGAUCUGAAGUACUUUUUACCUCUGGAAACAGAGCUGAAACUUGAGAAAGCACUUGAACAAUUAUCGGUAACAGCUUCAUUUUGCCAGGAUUGAUUGACCUGUGUAUGUAAAUUUUGAGUAAUGUUGUUAAUUAAAUGAUGUUUGUUUUAGGAAGUAUUUGCUAACAAGAAGAGAAUAUGUAACAAAUGCACUGGCAUUACAGUAGUUUGUGAACAUUGGAGACAUUUGCAUUGAUAUUGUUUUAACCUUUUGUUAAUGACAGUGUGUUUUGUGGGGUUA